GCAGUGAGGGAAGGAGGUUGUGUCGCACGCUCCUUGUUGACGUCUGACUACUUCCACCUUCUCCACUCAGACACUUUAAUCAGGAAAGCCCAUCAUUACCCGUCUUGAUAUCACUCUUUUGUGAAUCCAACAUUUUGAAAACACAUACAAGUUCUCUCGCACAUCCUUCUGAAAGCACGUGUGAAGAUAGUGAAGAGAAUAAGCAAGGAUUUUACCCAAAACAAAGGCGACUACAAACAACAGAGUAGUGUCAAGAACAUCCAUCAGACUGGUCAAGAAGGGCGGGUGGAAUGCGCUCGGCUGUCUAAGAAAAAAAAAAAACUUUGGUUAGGUGGCGGAAGUAAUGUAGAGCACUGGCAGGAAAGUUUAAGGCCAUUUAUGAUGUGAUUGAGGAAGGGAAGUGACCUCUGAGGGAAGACCCACCGCUCUCACACGCACGCGGCGCCUCACUCCUGUAGGGGAGGUCCUCCAGGCCUUGUGAGCUGUUUGGUGUAGUCCAGGAAACUCUGUGAACUGCUGGUGUUAAAUGGAAACUCAGUUUGCUCAAAAUCCGAGAGUACUGUUGGCAUAUUUUGAAAAAGUCCGUAGAACUUAUUUAUAAAGAACUAGAACAUUUUGAUAUAACAAUGUAGAGAUUUAAACACUACAGCUACGUAAUAAUCACAGGAGAUAUGAACAUUUUGUAGAACACUAAUCGUUAGAACAAACUAAAAAUUAUAUUAAAAGAUGUAGAUAUUAAAGAAAGAAUAGUGCUGAAAGAACAAGGAAAUAUGAGAACUUAGACAAAGAAGAACAGUGAAACGAACAAAAAUAUAAGAACAGUGUUGAAAGAACGUCAAAGAAGAAAUUUCCCCGACAGUUUGUUCUCCAAGACCCUAUACAGUUAUACACACGAGAACACUUUACGGAAGAACUUUGAAGGUUCAUACAAGACCCGACAACUGAAGUGGAUCACCUUAGUCUUUGUCAGCUGAGACGGUGUUAACUUUCAACAUGAAGAUACGUAACAUGAGGGUGAGCGACGUGGUGGCGGCUGUGUGUGUACCGGCUACACUCGUCAUGUAUAUCCAUCUGCUGUUAGUCUCACCCCAGCUCAACCCUUCAGACGCCCACCAGGAGUACACGGCAGCAGAACGAAGUGUGGUGACAACGACGACGGCGGUGCAGGAAGUGGGCGCCCCUCUCAACAGGACGAAGGAGGCGCGGGAGGAGGUACUACUGGUGACUGUUCUCCUGCGCUGCGGCUCCACCACCAUCAAAAACCUCCUGCUGUCUCUCUCAGCCGUCAACAAGUUCACCACGAUCCUCAAGCCUGGCAGAAGGACAGAGAUGGUCCAUAUCCCACACACUAAGAUGCAGCGUGACAUUGUGAUGAACAUUUCGGCAUACGAGUCACCUACAGCUGUCAUACAACCCUUCGCCUACAUCAACUUUACCCAGUUCGGGAAGAGGAAGCCCAUACAGAUAAGCUUAGUGAGGGAGCCGAUAGAGCGGGCGGUGAGCUGGUACUACCACAUGAGGGCGCCCUUUCAGCUGGUGGAGAGACACAUCCGCUUUCCUGAGACGAAACUACCAUCCAGGAAGUUCCUAAAGAAGGACCUGGAGACCUGCCUGAAUACACCGGGUGACCAGGAGUGUCGCUAUACACCAGGGAAGGAGAUACUGGGUCACACUGUCGAGUUCUUCUGUGGACACGACCCUUAUUGUCCGAUCUUCGGCUCGAGAGAAGGGCUUCAACAGGCCAAGGCCGUAGUAGAGAGAGAGUUCGCGGUGGUGGGCGUGCUGGAAGACUGGAACAAAACCCUCACCGUGCUGGAACAUUACGUGCCUCGCUACUUCGCCCACGCCUCCUCCCAGUACAACAAACACAUCCAGGGGAACAAACGCAAGAAGAACGAGAACUUCUAUAAGCCUAAAGUGGAUCAGGCGGCCAAGAACUUCAUGCUCAAGCACUUCACCGUCGAAUCUGAGUUCUACGACUUCAUUCGACAACGUCUUAACCAACAGUACUAUGCUAUUACUGGUGGCGCCUCCUGAUUCCUGUCGAGGAUGAGAAGGAAGAAAGAUGCUUAGGAAGACGAGGUAAAUGUGAGGUGUACACAGAUGUCGUGAGUGAACAGUACACCCUUGGCGCUGCUCUGAUGGGAGUAAACUAAUGAUAGUAUAGAGGUUGUUUAGCUCUUGAUGUACCAGGGUGUCAUCUGUGUUCCUCAGUGUUGACGUCUCUCUCUCUCUCUCUCUCUCUCUCUCUCUCUAAGGAAUAACUAAGCCACGAGUCAUACCCACGGGUCUCUCCUUGUCUCUCUCACUAUAUAUGACUCAGCUGUUUUCAUCACCAUGUUUUAGUACUGGUAUAUUAAGUCUUAUUAUAGUCUGUUAAGUUAUGUUGAUAAUCAUAAAUAUUUACUUAACAUUGUAUUGUAAAUCUGUGAUAUAUAAAUUAUUACCCCAUAACUUAUUUAAUGAUAAUUAUAUGAUUAUUUUGUUUAAGGUUAUGUAAUAUAAUUAAUUAAGAUUUUAGUUGAUAAAUCAAAAAGGUUAUAAUAGUCUGAUGUGAAGCUGCAGUUAUAAAGGCGACACAUUAGUCUUGUUAUCACCUCAUUUGUUAUAUAAAGUUGUUACCGCGUCCUGUGCCUUACGGUGAAACAAGUUGGUUCAUUAUUACAACAAUAGUGUUAUUUCAUUGUCACAUUUAUGAGUUCAUUGUCUCACUAUACAUAUACAGUACAGGUGCUGUAAGCAACAGUGUUCCAUUUCGCAUAUUUUUUUUUACGUUGUUGUACUAAUGUAUAACUUACCUCGUUGUUGUAACUCAGUAAUAGUAUUAUAACAAGAACUGUAAACACUUGUAAUGUACGAAUUUACAAUAUACGACAUUUAUUU